AUGGCUUUACAAGACAGCUCUGUUCCUUUCCGCUGUGACAACAGACACUCGUCCCUUUCCUCCCUGUCCACCUCUCCAUCACCGCCCACCCGCCGCCCAUUCCCUUUGUCUCACGGAACCACUACCCUGGCCUUUGUGUUCCAAGGAGGUGUUAUAGCAUCGGCAGACACACGUGCCAGCUGCUCAGGGCUUGUCUCCUGUCCCUCUGUCCAGAAGAUACUGCCCAUCCACUCCCAUUUACUGGUCACCACUUCAGGCAGUGGUGCAGACUGCAUGCCAUUGGAGAGAAUCCUGGCUAGAGAGAUCCGCCUUUACCAGCUACGCCACGGCUGCUGCUUGUCAAUCACUAGCUCUGCCAAGCUCCUCUCUCAUAUGUUGGAACCAUUUAAGGGGACUGAUGUGUGUGUGGCAGCCAUUUUAUCUGGCUCGGAUGUAGAGGAGGUUAGGGUUGAUCGUUGUGGCCCAAAGCUCUUCUAUGUGUGCAGUGACGGCACCCGUCUGCAGGGAGAGUUUUUCUCAGUGGGCUCAGGUUCGCCCUAUGCCUAUGCAGUACUGGAUGGAGGGGUUCGGUGGAGCCUGAGGGAGGAGGCAAUCUCAUUGGCCAGAGAAAUUGUGUACAGGGCCACACACAGGGAUGCAUAUUCAGGGAACUGUGUGGACCUCUUUCACAUCACUGCCCAAGGAUAUAGCCACAGAGAUAGGGAGGAUUUGAGAGAGGAGUACCACAGAGAGAAGGGAGAGGGUGCUGAAGAUGGUGAAAGAAUGAAUGAAAAUGGGGAAAGGGAGAGAUUAGGGCUGGGGAGAACAUUGUCUGACAGACUGUGA